GAACCAAAAAAAAUAAAAUAGGCUGUAGAAAGAACUGAAUAGAGGAGAGUGGAGACUUGAGAGUUGCGAAAGUUUUUGGGUUGUGGCUGCCUCCUCUCCAAUGGAAACUGCUCUCUUCUCUCCAUCUUCCCUAUUCGGUGAUGCUUCUGACAGCUCUUCAGAUGAAGAAAUCAAUGAUGGAGUUAAUCAUAAUUUUGUUGAGAGGAAUCACCAGUUUCCUGGCAUGGAGUUGAUCAUUAGGGAAUUUUCCUUUCACCAGUUCAAUGCUAAUUUACUCUGGCCAGGUACAUUUGCUUUUGCAGAAUGGUUGGUUCAACAUCGAGCUUGGAUAGAAGGGAAACAUAUCAUUGAAUUGGGGAGUGGAACUGGUGCUUUGGCUAUCUUUUUGAAGAAAAUGUUUCAAAUUGAUAUUACGACGUCUGACUACAAUGAUCAGGAAAUUGAGGACAACAUAUCUUAUAACUGCAUGAUCAAUGGGAUCACCCCUGCGCUGCCUCAUGUCAAGCAUACAUGGGGUGACGACUUUUCUAAUGUCAAUCCAAUCUGGAAUUUGGUAAUUGCGAGUGAUAUCCUGUUAUAUGUCAAACAGUAUCCAAAUCUGAUAAAGACUAUAUCCUUUCUCUUAAAGAGCUAUCAGCCGAAAGAAAACAUGCUAGCACCUCAUAAUGAACAGGAUGAUGUAUUGCCCGAUCCUGCAUUUUUAAUGAGUUGGAGACGCAGAAUAGGAAAAGAUGAUGAAGCCCUAUUCUUCAAGGGUUGUGAAGAAGCCGGUCUGCAAGCGAAGCAUCUUGGAUCCCGGGUUUAUUGCAUCGUCUCUAGGAAUUGAAAGCUCCUACUAAAACAGUUCUAUCAAGAGUGACUCUAUAUGACUUAGUUUAAGUUGGGUAGUAACAUCUACUUUGUUCUCUUUCUUAGUAUUUUGUUUUGGUAAAUGUUAGUUCAUAUAACCAUUGGCAUUGUGGUUAAGGACUUGGGUUUGAUCCUAAAAUUUUAAUACUAACAUGCACUAGUGCAAUAAUUAAAUAUAUUGAAAUGUUUUGUAUGGCCUCGUUGUAACCAAUCCCACAAUUUAGCGGCCUCCAUAAAUCACCUGUAAUCUAAUAUCAAAUCAGAAAAAGUCUAGCCAUUUUCGAUA